AUGCUAAUGGAAUGCAUCCCUCGAAUACUGGACGGCAAAUGGGCAAUGGAUGUCUAUUGGUGGCGUCAAGAGGGCGUACUGAAUACACUGCCGAUCAUUUCAAUGGCCCUAUCUUGUCAGACACAACUGUUUUGUGUGGCCGAUUGUGUGAAAGAUGCCGAGACGCGUAAAGUGGACACGAUUGUUUCGGGUGCAGUCAAUAUUUGCAGUUCAAUUUAUGCGGCAGUAGGUUUAUUCGGCUAUGUGGCCUUCAAUGAUCAACAGCUACACGGUGAUAUUCUGCUCUAUCUACAUCCAUCAAUACUAACACAAGCACUGAAGCUAAUGUUCAUGCUAUCGGUGGCGGUUAGUGUGCCGUUAAUGUUGUUUCCAUGCAGAAAUGCCGUCUAUAAUUUAUUCUUCCGCACUGAAUUCAAUAAGUAUGGUGUUAGUGAAAUGUCAACAGUCACCUAUAUUGCACUGACAUUCACGAUACUCGUUGUGGAUUUGCUCAUUGCUGUGGUCAUACCAAAUGUUGAGUUCAUUCUUGGUCUGACGGGUGCCUUGAUUGGUUCAUUAGUGACAAUUAUCAUUCCGUCAGUUCUCUUCAUUGCUGUUUGCCCAUCAACCACUAAAUCAAAUCAGUCGUUGAUAUUAUACGCAAAACUAUCGACAGUAGUCGGCAUAUUGAUGCUGGUUUGCGGCACUUGGGCUGUUCUCAAUACAGAACGACAAUCCACUGUUAUUGACGUUAUUCUACCAAAGCAAGUGAUUGAUUAUCCGAAUGAUGUCGAGAAAUCGGCGAUACUUCAAGCUGGAAUCGACCGAAUAAAAGAUGACAUUAUGAUGAAACAAAAUGGAACAGGUCAUUUACUAGUGGAUAAGAAGGUGAAAGUGGACGAUAUUGAAAAGAAGAAAGAAGAGAUUAGCGAAGAGGCGAGGAAGAUAUUAGCCGAAAUGAAAGAGCAACGAAAAGAACAAGAUCAAAUGAUCAAGGAACAACAAAAAUUGGUUAAAGAAUUGAACGAACAUCACAAUAUGCAUAUAGAAGUUGAAAAAAGGACCGCUGUUAAAGACGGAAUGAAUUUAUCACAAAGUGAUAUGGUUUCUAAAAAUUUAUCACAAACGAAUUCGAAUGAUAGUAAAGAUCAAGUUGGAGUGGAAUCGAAAAAAGUGUUCAGGCGAGAGACUUCGUUGGAACAAUCGGCUAGCAGUCGAUUGCAAAGUAACGUCAACCAAUCGCCAAAGGUCGUUAAUGACAACGGAAGCAUCCAAGUUAGAUCGCUAAAUGCUGUUAGCCAAGAGAAGCAACCGAGCAGUGAAACGAAUCAGAAAACGGGUGAAGUCAAAACUGAACAAUUGAAUGAGCAGAAGAAGUAUUCUUUGAGUGAUGCGAAAACAGCGGCAUCAGUAAUCGGGCAAAGUGACAUGUCUCUAAAGAAAACUGAAAACGUUUCGGUCGAAAAAGUUGAUGAAAAUAAGCGACACGAAACAAUGGGUAACAGUCUCAUGCUGAAUGUGAGCUCAGAAGCCAAUCCGCCGAUCAUGGAAGAUGAAGCGAAACGUCGUUUUUCACAAGAUAUCAACGUUCAGCUGAGGUCAGUUGCUGAAAUAAAGCAAAGUGUUGUCACAAAUAAUGUGCCCGAGAAGCCAUCAUUGGAACCAGCCGUCUCUAAAAAUGACCUCAAGAUGGUAGGGAAUCUGAGUACUGCUAGAGAACUGCCAGCGACCAAAAACGACCCAAAUCUACAAAAGAGUUCUAUCGUUGAAAAAGUUGCAUCAAAGAAUACCGAUAAAGAAAUCUGA